AUGGCGCGACAAUUGACUAGACUUGGUUAUUUGGAUGUAAAGAAAACAUUGUUCAUGUUAUGUGAUCUGCAAGAUAAAUUCCGCCCCGGAAUGAAGAUGUUUGAUCCAGUGAUCCAAAACACCGGCAAAUUGCUGCAAGCCGGCAAGAUUCUCGACGUACCGCUAAUUGUUACGGAGCACUAUCCCGAAAAGCUAGGACGCAUCGUGGAGGAGUUGGACAUUUCACACGCCAAGGGUGUGUACCCCAAAACGCUGUUCAGCAUGAUGAUACCGGAGGUGCAGCGUAAAAUAGAAGAGCUGUAUGGACCGCAAGGCCCGGAGACCGUGGUACUGUUCGGUUUGGAAUCACACAUCUGUCUCGAGCAGACGGCAAUGGAUUUACUCAACAAGGGUUACACGGUGCACGUUGCCGCUGAUUGUUCGGUAUCGCGCACUCAGGAGGAUCGCAAAUUUGCUCUUGAACGCCUCAAGCAGUACGGGUGCUUUGUGUCGACGAGUGAAAACAUUAUCUUCAAGUUGAUGCGUGAUAAGCAACAUCCCGCGUUCGAUAAAGUUCGUCAUUUAGUCCGUGAACCGUCUGUUGAUACGGAACUCGCUAAAUUGUAA